UCAAUUUUGCGGACAACUGCGUUGUUCGCUUAACUGAGAGAGAGAAAAAGAAAAACCACAAAUGCGCUGGUUUGGGUUUGGUUUCAACGCUUUUGGGCAAAUAUGUAGCCAUGAAAAAUUUGAUAAAGGCGACGCUGUCAAGGAAUUGAAAGUGAGUACACCGACAGACCUGAGGUGUCGCGAGGACAAAAGUAGUUGCUGCUGCUUGAAGACGAAUCAAGUCAGAGCAAGUUGGAGUCGAAGAGCAUCUUUGCAUGCGCAUGGGGACAGCUGCUGUGUGUGUCUGACAGGUUUUGGAGCUUCAGUAUCACAUGAGUCCUGCGGCGCUUGUUUGAUCGAAAGCCGAGAAUGUAAAGAUGCAUCCAUUAGUGAAUCGCAUCUUACACUCGUUUUCCCGGACAGGAUUGAAUCCUGGGACCUGCAGGAGAAGGAUAAGACUCCAUCAUGGAGCAGGAAGAUAAUCAACCAGGCAGAGAGCUCUGCUCUUAAAUUGCCAUUAGUCCCAGGCGGUUAUAUAGCCUCAAAACCUCCCUUUUUUCACUGCUUGUCACCACACCUUCAAGUCAAGAGCCUUGCACUGGGUGGAGAACAUGCUGUCCUCCUCACUGUCACUGGAACUGUUUACACCUGGGGACAGGGCAGUCAUGGUCAGUUGGGGCAUGAAGGACUCGUCUCUGAAGAGGAGCCAAGGACAGUGGAGGCACUGUGGGGCGUGCCUAUAAGCUCUGUGGCUGCAGGAAGCUGGCACUCUGUCUGUAUUAGUGAUGGGGGUGAUCUGUAUGUGUGGGGUUGGAAUGAGAGUGGUCAGCUUGGGCUUCCAUCACGAGGCCUGAGGAAAGCCUCAGAACAGAAACCUGGCCAGCAAGCAGGAGAAUUGUGCCAAGAUGCUGAUACAUCUGGUACUACAGAGAAGCACGAAGAAGUAUUCAUUGCAAUCCAGGCAUUUCCAGCUCUGCUGGAUGUCACUCCGUCAUGUGAUUUCAGGACAGUCAGCUGUGGCUCUCGACAUACAGCUGCAGUAACAACCAAAGGUGACCUUUACACUUGGGGAUGGGGUGAAUAUGGCCAACUUGGACAUCAAACACUUAAGAGUUCAGAUGAACCUCAGUGUGUUGAGUUUUUCAAGACUGGACAAAUGCAUGUUGUCGACGUAGUGUGCGGGCCAUGGAACACUUUCACUGCAGUUGUCAAAGACGAAGUAACCAUAAACUUACCACUAAAGCCCCCAGAUGAACAUUAGCUCUGAACUUUGACUAAAAUACCAAGAAGAAUAAAGUACUCUGAUUAAA